GACUAUAAUCGAAAACGAACACGAAUACGAACGCGAAGAGCGAGUUGCGAAUUUAACAUUUUCCAUAACUUUGGAUUUUGCUCAAAGCUCAAAAGACUAUCCUAAUUUUAAAGGAUAGCGAUCAAAACGACAAUGUCCUCUAGCCUUUCUGCGCGUUUGAAACACCCAAAAAAGCAUGAACUAUCAAAAUCCCACAGUCAGGCCCAACUUCUAGUGAACAAGUUAAGGCAGGAUGGGGUACUAUCUACAGUGGAAGACGUAUUACAUGCUGUUGAUCAAGUGGCAGCUUUAUUAUCUUCAAACUUGGCAGAUAGUCACCUCUCUUACAAGGACAGUGUCAUUAACUUGUGUCAACACUUAAAGGUUUACGGUGUUUACCUAGAAAUAUUGUACAAAGAGCAACUCGACCACGCUUUCAAGAUUUUCCGCGAUAAAGCCCAGGACGACAUCCAAGUCGACAUGUUGUCCAGGCUUCACUUACUCGAACUGAUCGAACUACGAGCCAAAGGCUGGAAGGGCACCGACGGAAUGAACAUGUAUUACAGGAAAAAGAUUAAUCAGUUUGGAAGUUCACAGGUAGAUAUGUCAGAAUCGAUAUCUAGUUUGAAUGAAUCUCUACAUUCUGCUAUGACUUCUUCACCACCGCCCCUAUUGGGACCUGGUGAAGUGAUCAAACCGUCCGGUAAAUUUCCUAAACCGACUAGAAUCCCUGGUAAGAAAUACUGUAAAGAUGAGGUCGUUAUCAGAAAUGCCGAUUCAGGAAAAGUUAUGGGUAUCAAGGGAAGACGAGUACAUAUGAUAGAGGAGUUGAGCGAAACUAUUAUUUCGUUUCAAAGAGUUAAUCCCGGAGCCAAAGAAAGAUUGGUUCAAAUCACAGGAGCCAACGAGGAAAGCAUUAACCACGCCAAGCAGUUAAUUGAGGACACUAUCAGAAGAAACGCUUCUCCGGUAAGAGAUUCUUCGAUUUCCGUAAGUGGAGGUCCUCUAACUGGUUCCAGCUCGAGCAUAAACUCUUCAGCUUCCGACGACAGCGCUUUACCGUCUUCCGCUCGAGCGCCUCGUACUUUGAUACACAGUUUGAGUGUAAACGACGCCAACCUUGGCGAAUAUAUUUAUACUGUCAACGCUAACGGGUGCAGCAUUAAAAUUACCGGAAAUAAUUUGGAUGCAGUGAGGACCAGCAAAUUGGUUCUAGACGAAUAUUUUUCCGGCGAACCCAUUCACGACGUAGCUCAAUUCUACAGUUUUGAUAGUUUGCCACAACCAAUUAUAUCCGAAGAGUUUCCUUCCACUCCUCUUUCGCCGCCUGAAUCUCUACCAUCUCCUGAAGUAGUUCCUAAUGGAGAGGCGGACGAAGCAGAUAAGAUAAAACUGCGCAAACCUCGCCUCUCUGUCGAGGAGAUGCUCAAGGGUAAAUCUAACAGCAUCGACAAAGAAGAUAACGAGAGAACCUCUUCCAAACCCGCUCACGUAACAUAUUCCAUUGAGUUCUUGGCGCACUUGGCUAUGUCUCCGAUGUGUCUCACGCAACCGAGCGAAUGGGAGAGAAUAUGUAAGGAGUAUCCUUUGCUUAUGAGAAACGUCAUUGAGUACUUCGACGCCAAGACCUACCUGUCCACAAGAACAACGGAACCGACUGGUGUUCUUAGCGCCGAAUGCGUCGACCCCAGCGAAGUUUGACACCCCUCCGGCUUUUAUAGGCUCAAACGAAAACAAAUUAUAAAAACGUAAAAAAAGACAUAGCGGAUAUUGUAACGUCCGGUUAUAUUUUGUAUAUUUUCAGUGAGUGACAUUUAAAAAGAAUAGUCAUAACUUCGAAUGUUUAAUAAGUACGUAGAAAUCUUUGUAGAGAUCAAAAAAUGGAAAAGAAAAAUUAAGAAAAAAUAAUGAAAAUGUAAUCGAAGGCAUUUGAAGAUAAUAAUGAUUUUAGGAAGUAUUUAGGUAGCACAUAACUUUUUAACAUUUAGCCAUUCUAAACGAAUACAGAACAGAAUUUUCCAGAGUAGAAAUUGUAAUCAAACUAGACUAAAGCAAAGAUAAUUAAAACCGUAGUAGAUAAUUGUGUCACUGUCUUCACGUAUAAGACAACAAAGCGUCGCACACAAAUAUUCCAAAUUAUAAAAUGCUUUUAUUUCUUCUUUUCCUUGCUCCUGACUAAUGUUGCCAGUCAGUAACAUUUGAUCUUCAUUCAAUCCUAGGUAUAAUCUUAUACGUAUAAUUUAUGACUGUAUUUUUACGAACUUUUAGAUAUUUGUUGUGCGAGUACGAUUUGUUAGUUGAGAGUGGCACAACCGGUUUUCUUUUACUUAUCAAACGCCUUCGUUCACAUUUUGUUUAUAUAUUUUUAUAUCUCGAGUGAAAAUAUGCUUUAGUGGGUAUUUUUUUUAGGUUUUUCAACUUAUAACUUGACUGACUUUUAUUUAUUAUUCUUAUGAUUUUCUUGAGUCAGCAGAGUGAUAACUAAUAGAUAUCACUUUGUGCACAGAGAUUUAGUCUCGAAAUAAUAGAUAGGUUUUUUCUUUUGUGAUAAUUGUCAGAAUAAUAGUAUAUUGGACGUUCCUAAAGCCCAAAGCAAUAUUAACAAUUUUUGGGUAAAAGGAACGCCCAGUAUAGAAUUUUUUGUUAACAUUUAACAUUUUCUAGUUUAUUUACUAUAAGUCUACUUACAUAGUUGAUGAUAUUUAGAAAUAUACAUGGCCGCUCAUUUCUAUAUCUCGUGAGUUGUUAUAAAAUAGGUGAAUCAAAAUAUCUUAGCAGUAGAAAAUUGCAAUGUCAAACUUGUUUUGAUCCCCAUCAGUUUGUUCAAGGUGAAGAAAAACUCCAAAAUACACUGGCUUAACCUAUACUUCUUUCUUCUUACAAAGCUGGAAGACAGUUUAAAAAACAGUAUAUUUUGAUGGAAAUAAAAUGAAAACAAUUUUUGAAUGUUUUUUACUGUGGUUCUAGUUGUUGAUUUUCUUCCCAGAAACUAAUUAACAUCCAAUAUGAUAUUCGUAUGCAAUGCCAUCUAGUAUAUUGCUAGAAUGAGCGUCAGGUUAGCAGUUUAUUAUUACUUAUUUUGAGUUAUCUUCAAUCAGUUCAAAAUGCAAAUGACAUUGCGGCGUCAUUUUUAUUUUUUAAAGUUGUCUUGUUUCUCACGGGGAAAUGAUAGUCCGGCUUUCGAUUCUCUCCUGAAGUCUUCAUCUGAGCUUCUGAGUUGUGUCUCCUCCAGGUCAGUUCACUAGUACUACAUACGUCGCCAUACACUGCACUACUGCCGCCUCUCACUCGAGUCCGUUUUUUUUUUUAUUAACUCCAAUUAAAGUUACAAUUUAGUUUAAUUAAAAAGUAUUAAGUUAAAAGCUUAAGUAAAAUAAAACAAUAAAACACAAUCAUAACUACAUAUAAAUACAGCUGUCAUCCCUAGCUUUGUUGGCUAAGACCCUAAGACCCUAAGGCCCUAAGACCUCAAAAAGUUGGUCUUUUAAAAAUGUUUUAUUUCAAGUGUCCGGGUAUUGGUUUCUAGGACACGUGUGGUGAUUUAGGCAAGUAACGUUUUCACGAAAAACAAUAUGAGUAAGUCAGUUUUACCGUCGGAAUUUGAAGAUAAUUUAGAUAUAAAACGAGAAUAUGUAAUAACUAAAGUCAUAUUUUAAUAAGAUAAUAUGAGUAAUUGGAAGAUAUGUAACUAAAUAAGGUCAUAUUUUUAAUGCAAUACAUACUAAACACUUUCCCAAACACAUGUGUGUAUGCAUAUAUAUAUAUAUAUAUAUAUAUAUAUAUAUAUAUAUAUAUAAUAUAUAUAUAUAUAUAUAUAUAUAUUACGCAAUAAUAGUGAAUGUAGUAGUGAAAUGGUCUAGAGAUUUAUGAGACUGAGGCUGCAGAAAAAUGUAUUUGUAACUCUUGAACAAUGUAAUACAACGACGGUGUCAUCUGCAUGUUAUAUUGUUCCUCGAAUAAUUAUACUCAAAUAUAUUUUCGUGUAGUGAGAGCUUAUUCUGAAGGAAGGUGGCAAAGUAACUAUGUUCUUUGUACUGGAUUGGUUGUCCUCUCUAAUUUAAAUGUUUCGAUUUUAAAACUGAUACGAUUCGAUCAAGCUUAGGAUUGAAUUUAAAAAAAAAAUGAAAAAUAAUUUACCGUCCAAAUUUCGUGUUGAACUUGUGCAUCUUUAAAUUAGGUCUUUUGUUGGUUGUUUCCUCUUAAAUCCGUUGCACGCCAUACAAUUUUACGUCAUUUUCGCACAGUAUUGUCGUAUUAUCGGAAUAGUAGAAUGUAAUGUUAGUUUAUGUUUUCAGAGUAGGUACAUGAUGAAAUAUUGUAACAACAAAAGUAAUGAAAGUUGUAGCAUUUGUAGUAUCCAAUUUACAUACAAAAUAAAUUGCUACUUGACAAGAUUGUCGUAAUCGCUAAAAAAAGUACGCGUAUCUCGUAUACUUUAUUUUAUUCUUAAGUAUAUGGAUAGGACAGAAACUCUUUUUCGUUUAUUUAAGGCUCUAGAGAUUAAUAAAAAUCAAUCGUAGAGAUUAAAUUAAAAUUUAGUAGUAUUUUGAAGCAAAUAUUUUUUUUAAGAAAUAAAAAAAUAAUUGCUUAUUUAGUGUUUUAUGUUAAUCUAUAUUGCCCAAAGCUUUAUGGUAUUAAUAAAAAUCUAUGUCGCAACUUGUGAACGUUUGUCAAAGUUUCUAACUCUUACACUACGCUAUUUAUUGUAAAUUAUUGUGUUUUGAGUACUAAACUUUAAACUUAAAAUAACUUCUUCGUACAUGUUAUUUUAUAACUGUGAUGACGUAAAUAUCUCGCUGACGUACAACGGACUUUAGAAAAAUGGCUCUUCUACAAAAUAUAUGUUGCUUUUCUGUUAGUUUAAAGGAUUUUCACCUAUUUUCUCAAUAAAAGAUUCGUGCAGCUGAAUUUUAUGACUGUUCUAUAUACAAUUAUAUAUAUAUAUAUAUAUAUAUAUAUAUAUAUAUAUAUAUAUAUAUAUAUAUAUAUAUAUAUAUAUAUAUAUAUAUAUAUGGAAAAUAUUUAAACAUAAAUGAUAUUUUUUAGUAAAAAAUCACUUCUUAAAAUCGAAGGGUCUAUUCAAAGUGAAAAAUAUACUUAAUGUCACUUUAUUUAAUGAGCGUCCAUGUAGUUGUGUUAUUAUGAAUUUGUUUUAUAUACCCUAUGUUAUUUACAUAUUUGUUGUAAAUGCUUUAAAAUUGUUAGUGCUACUUGCAAAAUUUUGAAAAGGUUUGAAUGCAAUGUUUUGUUUUUAAAAGUUCAAGUAGUUUUCCCAGUGUUUAUUUGUUUGUAUUGUUUAUUUCAUUGCUUGUUUUUUUUUUGUUCAUGUGUUACAAAUACUUACAAUAAAAAUAUUUUU